GCCUCUUCAGUGUAAAAAUAAAGCUUUCAGGGCAAAAGUUUGCAAAGUCUAGAUCUGGCUGGGGAGGAGCCCCCGUGGGAAGGUGUGCGUCUUCUCCCAGAGGUCACUACAAUCACGGGUACUGAAGCCACAUGGAAGCACCUAGCCUGGGAUCCGCAGCUAUUCUCUGCAAGGGAUGCAGUUGGGCAAUGCUCAGAGGUGACUGAAACAGAGUAUCUCCCACCCAUCACUUCAUGAAAGAACCGGCAGCCAAGAGGAGGGCCCUCCUGAGUGAGUACUGACGGUCCACCCUCCCCACAUAGAGGGGCCACAGAAUCCAGCUCGGUCCCUCCCGUCAGCCCUGGAAGACCUUGGCAAUGUUGUCCCCCAACCUCACACCUCCCGAUCACUGCCACCUCACGGGACUCAGAGUCAGAGACUUGGUCCGAGAGGAGCAGACAUCAUUGGCAGAGGACGGAGCUCCAGGCUCUGCGAGGAAUCAAGGUCAGAAACCUGAGGGAGGAUUCAGGCACCCCCAUGACCCUCGACCACAUCUCCACCCCUCGCCACUACUCUUCCCCGCCGCCCCGCCCCCAUACCGGCAGAAUCGGGUUCCGCCCCUGCUGUCAAUCCGGGGAAGCUCCAGGCGUGGGGGCCGGAUGUGACCUCCAUUGGCUUCCGCCUCUGGGAUCUGAGAGAAGCGAACGCGUCUUUCUGAGGGGUGUCUUGAGAGUGGCAGAGGGCAGCGGGCCCAGGCUCUGUGAGGAGGCAAGGUGAGAGCUGAAGGAGGACUGAGGAGUCCUCCUCCCCAGAUAGAGGGCCCCAGAUAAUCCAUUGCCAACCCUGGCGCCAGCCCUGAGACAAGGGGGGACCAAAUUGUCAGGCUGAGACAAUCCCCCACCUCAGUGCCCAAGGAGACUCUGGGAGUCGAAUCUAUGAUGUGACCUGGGCAGAGACAGUUCCAUAAAGGGUGGGGCCCCGGCCUUUCCAGACAUCAACAUCAGGACUCUGAGAAAUUAUGGAGAGGUUCCACCCCAUGCUGAUAGAGGGGCCCCAGAGUCCAUCCUUGUCCCUGCAGUUAACGCAAAGGACCUCCCGGCUUGGUGCUGCGGACUUGCACAUUAGGGGGUCAGAGAGAAGUGACAGCCAGGUUCUGAGGGGUGGCUUGUGAUCCGCUGAGGGCAGCAGGCCCAGGCUCUGUGAGGAGGCAAGAUGAGAUGCUGAGGGAGGACUGAGGACACCCCCUCCCCAGAUAGAGGACCCCAAAUAAUCCAACACCGCCUCUGCUGCCAGGCCUGGAUCACCCCACGGGGACGGACUUCUCAGUCUGGGCCGUCCCCUCCCGCCACCCCCCUCGGCUUCUGUACCCCGCUGCUUAAGCCUCAGGGGACUUUGGGGUCAGAGCUUGGUGUGACCAGGGCAGUGCUGGUUAGGAGAGGGCAGGGCCCAGGUUCUGCCAGGCAUCAAGGUCAAGACCCUGAGGGAAGGCUGAGGCCCCACAGAGCCAGGCUCCCUCUCUGCUGUCAGCCCUGGGAAGUUCCUAGCAUGGCCGCUAGGCAUAUGGUUUCUGAUUUCCGCAUCCUGGGCUGACGGAGGGAAGGAGCUUGGUAUCAUGAGAACGACUUAGAGGGAGCACAGACAGGGCCCAGUCCCUGCUGGGAGGCGAGGGAGGCCUGAGGGACAACUGAAGGGACCCAGCACCCCAGGACGGCUCUCCCCCACCCCCUGCCACCCCGCCGUCUCAGACUGAGGUGCCUCCUCAUUCAGCCUUGAGAAUCUGAGGAAUGGAGACUCAGAUCCGCAGAGAGGGUCUCGGGUGCAGCCCUGCCAGCAUCAAGAGGAAGAAGAAGAAGGAGGACUCAGGACACCUUGGACUCCAGGUGAGCACUAUGUUCUCAGAGGACGACUUCCAGUCAACAGAAGGAGCCCCAUCUGGUCUGCAAAUACAGUGGUCCCAGGAUCUGCCAAGAGUCCAGGUUUUUAGAGAACAGGCCAACCAAGAGGACAGGAGCCCCAGGAGGAGCCAGAGGAUCACCGGAGGAGAAGUGCUGUGGGGCCCCAUCACCCAGAUCUUUCCCACAGUUUGGCCUGCUGACCUAACCGGAGUCAUCAUGCCUCUUGAGCAAAGGAGUCAGCACUGCAAGCCUGAGGAAGGCCUUCAGGCCCAAGAAGACAACCCGGGCUUGGUGGGUGGCGCACAGGCUCUCCAAGCUGAGGAGCAGGAGGCUGCCUCCUUCUCCUCUACUCUGAAUGUGGGCACUCUAGAGGAGGUGCCUGCUACUGAGUCACCAAGUCCUCCCCAGAGUCCUCAGGGGGAGUCCUCCUCUCCCACUGCCAUGGACUCCAUCUUUGGGAGCCUAUCUGAUGAGGGCUCCAGCAGCCAAGAAGAGGAGGGGCCAAGUACUUCGCCCGACCUGAUAGACCCUGAGUCCUUUUCCCAAGAUAUACUACAUGACAAGAUAAUUGAUUUGGUUCAUUUAUUGCUCCGCAAGUAUCGAGUCAAGGGGCUGAUCACAAAGGCAGAAAUGCUGGGGAGUGUCAUCAAAAAUUAUGAGGACUACUUUCCUGAGAUAUUUAGGGAAGCCUCUGAAUGCAUGCAACUGCUCUUUGGCAUUGACGUGAAGGAAGUGGACCCCACUAGCCACUCCUAUGUCCUUGUCACCUCCCUCAGCCUCUCUUAUGAUGGCAUACAGGGUGAUGAGCAGAGCAUGCCCAAGUCUGGCCUCCUGAUAAUAGUCCUGGGUGUGAUCUUCAUGGAGGGGAACUGUGUCCCUGAAGAGGUUAUGUGGGAAGUCCUGAGCAUUAUGGGGGUGUAUGCUGGAAGGGAGCACUUCCUCUUUGGGGAGCCCAAGAAGCUCCUCACCCAUGAUUGGGUGCAGGAAAAGUACCUGGUGUACCGGCAGGUGCCCGGCACUGAUCCUGCAUGUUAUGAGUUCCUGUGGGGUCCAAGGGCCCACGCUGAGACCAGCAAGAUGAAAGUUCUUGAGUACAUAGCCAAUGCCAAUGGGAGGGAUCCCAGUUCUUACCCAUCCCUGUAUGAAGAUGCUUUGAGAGAGGAGGAAGAGGGAGUCUGAGCAUGAGAUGCAACCAGGGCCAGUGGGCAGGGAAACGGGCCAAUGCAUGCUUCAGGGACACACCCAGCAGUUUCCCUGCCCUGUGUGAAAUCAGUCCCAUUCUUCCCUCUGUGUUUUAUGGAGAAGUCAGUGUUAUCAGUAGUAGAAGGCACAGUGAAUGGAAGGGAACACAUUGUAUACCGCUUUUAGGUUUCUCUUCCAUACGGUGACUUGGAGAUUUCUUUUUGUGUCCUUUUGGUAAUUUUCAAAUAGUGUUCCUUUAAUAAAAGUUUUAGUUAGCUUCAACAUCUAUGUAUGUGGAUGAUGCUGACCACACAUGUAGUUUUGCUUAUCCAUUUCAAGUGCAAGAGUUUGCCAUUUUGUAAAACAUUUUGGGAAAUCUUCCAUCUUGCGUGAUUUGCAAUAGAUAUUUUCUUGGAGAAUGUAAGAACUUAGCAAUAAAGUUGAACUGGUGUUGUGAAACAGAAA